AUGGCCUUCGGCGUCGAGCCCGCAUUCGUGGGCGUCCCCACAGCAGUGCGCAGAGGCCUCGCGAGUCCCGGUGGCCACGAGCUGCAGCACAGCUCGAGCCUGCCCCUGCUGAGCUCCCUCGGCCGCGGCCUUGGCUCUCCCCUCGGCGGGGGCCAGAGCUCCCCGGGCGCGCGCAGCGCGAUCGGGCUGCACAGGCACAAGUCUGGCGGCCUCCUCUGCGGGGUGUCCAAGAGCGCGGAAACGUUCAACACCCAGUCGCAGCAGAACCUGCACAGGCUGCUCGGGGGAAGCAGGGGCGAGGAGGACCCGUUGCGCUUGACGGCUCCGGGCAAGGAGGGCAAGAGGCGGUCGGACGACCUUGGCAAGGCAGAGGCCUCCGACGAGGACUUUGCGGACAUGCUGGACGGUGCCCUCGGGAGCAUCGCCGCACUCCGGCGCAACAUGGACAACUUCGACCCCAAAGGGGGCGGCGAGCCGCGCAGCGGCCCCGCGUCGCCCGCGCGGGCGCGCGGCAGGGCGGGCGGCGCUGGCCUGUCGCGCGAGGACUCCAAGAAGCUGCGGGAGCGCAUCGAGUCCUACAAGAUGGUGCGCAGGCUGGAGCCAGAGCUCCCGCCACUGCAGCAGAGCCCCCCGAAGCCCCCGAGGGAGCCCUCGCAGGCGGACAUCCUGCUGCGCAACGCGUCGCCGGAGGCCCUGAGGAGGCAGUCCCUGGAGUCGAGGAAGCUGAAGAUGCACCAGCACGUUCAGCUGGAGGACCUGCGGGCAGAGCUCGCCGCGUCCGCCCGCAGUGCCACCGUGGACGCCAAGGCUCGCGGCAUCCUGGUGAGGCUGGAGCAGAAGUCCGAGCAGGGCGCGAGGGCGGCGGCGAUGCGCCGGAACAACCAGCCGAAGCAUCAGGACACGAAGGACCUGCGGAAGGAGCAGAUGGUGGAGAAGUGGCUUGCGGCCUGCUUCGCCGGCGUCUUCGCUCGGCAGGUGCUGGAGGAGCUCCGCGUGCGCAGGAUGUCGGACAAGGAGCGCCUGGAGUACGUGGCGAGGACGGAGCAGCUGCGCAGGGUGCGUGGGCACAACGCGAGCCCCUUCGUGCAGAGCGUCGCGCGGCAGACCCACAGCAUUCAGGAGAUGCACCGGCGGCCCGACAUCGUCAGGAGGCUGGGGGACGCGGCCACGCGCCUGCAGUACCUGCUCCGGCGGAAUCGGAGGCGGCAGGAGGCCCGAUGCGUCGUGGCGUGCUUGACGGAGUGGAGGGUGGGCGGGCGCACCUUCGUGGCCUUGAAGCAGUUCGCGCAGCGCGUGGUGAAGAUGCAGCAGUGGUGGCGCAGGGCGCGCGCGCGCCUGCGAGAGGCCCGCGACAGGAUCUCGAAGCACUGGGAGCGCCUCGAGAGGGAGCAGGUCGGACGGGAGCUCAACAAGGCUGCGCCGCUGCCUGCGACCAGUCCGGCCGGGCGACGCAACCGCCCGCCGAGCGACCAGCGCGCCCCUCUGGAGGAGCGGGUGAAGGCAGCCAUGACCCCCGAGGAAGUCCGCAACAGGUUCCUUGAGCACGAGCUGAGGGCCCGCCGCUACGCGCUGCUGCCGGCGAUCCUGUGCUGGGAGGAGGACGUGGCUCAGUGGCGCACAAACUGGCUCCGCUGGAUGGAGGAGCGCGAGGCGCACUGCGCCCUGGGGCUGGAGGGCACGGUCGUCGUCCCGAUGCCGGUGACGACGUGGCCGCCGGUGAGGCCCUCGCACCUGCCGUGCGCCCACCUCCCCCAGGAGGUCACUCGCAACUGCGAGUGCCCCCACUGGUGCCCAGGCAGGAAAGGCGACGAGGAGAUUCUCGACAUGCUUCGUCGCUGCCGCGCGAGCCCGGGGAUGCACAGCGGCUGGACGAAGGUGGGGGUGGGGCAGCCCCGCAGAGGCUCUGGCUCGAGCUCCCGGGCCUCCGGCGGAGCCGUCCAGAGGGACAGCAACGGCUGCGCGGAGGAGUUCGCGGUGGAUAGCGAGCCCGUGGAGGAGGAGGAGCUCCGGCAGUGGGGGUGCAACGCGGACCGGCUGCCGGGGGCAAGCAAGGGGCCGCCCGCGCGGCCCAGCAAGGAUCAGUAG